UGCGAGACCGGAGCCCCGGGGUUUGUCCAGUGUCCCCCAGCCCCAGCGCCUUAGCCGCCGCCGCCGCGGAGCCGCUGUGAAAGCCCAGCCUUGCCACCAUGAGAGCCCAGCUGGCGGGCCUGCUGCUCUGCUCCCUGCUCGUUAGUGACUCCCAAGGCAGCUAUCAUCGAAGAUCUGGUGCCUCAAACUGUACCUGUCUGAAUGGAGGAACAUGCGUGUCUUACAAGCACUUCUCUCACAUUCAGCGAUGCCACUGCCCAAAGAACUUCCAGGGGGAACACUGUGAAAUAGAUACUUUGAAAACCUGCUACCAAGGGAAUGGUCACUCUUACCGUGGGAAGGCCAACAUGGACACUCGGGGCCGUCCCUGCCUGGCCUGGAACUCUCCGUCUGUCCUCCAGAAACCAUACAAUGCCAACAGAGUAGAUGCUCUUCAGCUAGGCCUGGGGAAACACAAUUACUGCAGAAACCCAAACAACCAGAAGCGACCUUGGUGCUAUGUGCAGGUUGGCCUAAUCCCGCUUAUCCAAGAGUGUCUGGUGCAUGACUGUUCUGUGGGAAAAUCAGCGUUUCAGUGUGGUCAGAAGGCACUGAGGCCCCGCUUUAAGAUAGUUGGAGGAGACUUCAUAAACAUUGAGGACCAACCGUGGUUUGCGGCAAUCUACAAGAAGCACCGGGGAGGCUCGGUUACUUUCCUGUGUGGCGGCAGCCUUAUCAAUCCUUGCUGGGUGGUCAGCGCUACACACUGCUUCCUGGAUGAUCCAAAAAAGGACAGCUACCUCGUGUACCUGGGCCGGUCAAGGCUUCAUUCCAGUACGCCUGGGGAGAUGAAGUUUGAAGUAGAGGAGCUGAUCUUGCAUGAAGAUUAUAGCUCCGAGACACUUGCUCACCACAACGAUAUUGCCUUGCUGAAGAUCCGUUCUAAUAGGAACCAGUGUGCACAGCCAUCUCGGACCAUACAGACCAUCUGUCUGCCCCCACAGUACGGUGAUGCCCAUUUCGGUGAAAGCUGUGAGAUCACUGGCUUUGGGAAAGAGAAUUACACUGACUAUAUCUUUGCAGAGAAGCUGAAAAGGACCACGGUGAAGCUGAUUUCCUACCAGGAUUGCCAGCAGCCCCACUACUAUGGCUCCGAAGUUACCACCAAAAUGCUGUGUGCUGCUGGCUCACAGUGGGAAACAGAUUCCUGUCAGGGAGACUCAGGGGGGCCCCUGGUCUGCUCUAUUAAAGGCCAACUGACACUGUCUGGGAUUGUGAGCUGGGGCCGUGAGUGCGCCCAGAAGUACAAGCCAGGCGUUUAUACAAGGGUCUCUCAGUUCCUGCCCUGGAUCCGCACUCACAUUGGAGAAGAGGAGAAUGGCCUAGUCCGGUGAGGACCCCAGGGAGCCGAAGGAGGAAAUGGGCCCUGCCCACUUCCAUGCCGAGCAUCAUUUUUGCAGCACAGCCAACUCCACCAGCUACAAGGAAGAGACUGGAGGCAACGAGCUCUGCAGAGAUGGGUUUUGCAUGUGCUGCCUGCCAGGGUGAGCAACAAUAGCCUUACCCUCAGAUGCAGGCCUGGUCCUGGCUGCCCAGGCACCCAUGGCCAGGAUGGAAGGGUGGUCCUGAUUCAGGAAAAUAUUACUCAGUUAUAUGCCUUUUUCUGGAUGGAAAACUCCUGGAGUUCAAAAUAACAUCUCUUAUACAUAGGUGGAAAGAGAGCCAGCUCCCUCAACAGUGAGCAUUCAUGAGACAUGCUGUUGGGAAAUGAGUAAUUUCCCAAUUAGGAAGUGUAGCAGAGCUGAGGUCUCUUGAGGGAGGUUGGCCAAUGUGGGAACCACAGUUUGCGGAGUAGAGACACUAGUGAAUUGGGGGAAGAGCUCAGGCAUCUCAUGAAUGUGUCGGAAAAUACUGUAUGUGUAUGGGUUGAGCACCUGUCUACAGGCUGCAUCUCUGUGAGGAACUGCCAGUGUGUCCCUGUGUCUGAUUACAUUUUCCUACUGUGCAAGGACCGUCCUGUUACACAGAGUGCCUGGAGCGGUCAGGCUCGUGGGCCACUCCCUGAGUCCCUUGGCUCUCACGUUGGGUGAAGCCAGUGAAUGUAUCGCUCUGGGCCACAAACCUGCGGGCAGCACAAACUGACUCCGUGCCACUUUCAUGGUGAUGACCCUUCCUGGGCCAGUUAGCGCAUCUGACCUUCCAGCCCAGUUCACCCAGUGCUCACUGGGUGGGGGAGGACCGCGCCUGUACACUGAAUAUUUAAUGAUUAUAUUCUACUAUUUAAAUUGAUAUCUAUUUUUGUAAUUUUGAAUGAAAGAUGAUCAAUAAAAAUGAUUUUUCUGAA